AUGGCAUCUAAUUCUUGGUGGCCCUCGUCUUCAUCAGACGAAGAGGAGAUGUUUUUCGCAAACGUUGUGGUAAAGGCGGCGGAGAUUCUUUUGGAGGAGGAAAAGGAAGAGGAAGAUGGCUCGUCUGAAAACGUUAUUACCAGACGAAUACGGAUUAACAGAGACCGCCAAGGAGCGCACGAGAAAUUGGUGAACGAUUAUUUUUUGGAUGCACCCCUUUACAAUGCCGACAUUUUCAAACGAAGGUUCCGAAUGAGUCGCCGGUUAUUCACACGGAUUGCUGAUGAUUUGGCGGGGCUAGACCCGUUUUUCACGCAACGGUCCAAUGCUCGGAAUUAUGAAGGGUUCACCACGUUACAAAAGUGUACUGCGGCUAUUCGCCAACUCGCGUACGGGACAGUGGCCGACGCUUUGGACGAGUACUUACAGAUGUCGGCAAGAACUUCGCGGGAAUGUUUGUAUCGGUUUUGCCAUAAUGUGGUGAAACUGUAUAGCAAACAAUAUUUGCGGAAACCAAACGUGUGCGAUGUUCAACAGUUGUACGAAGCUCAUGAAGCAAGGCACAGGUUUCCGGGAAUGCUUGGUAGCAUUGAUUGUAUGCAUUGGGCGUGGCAUAACUGCCCGACUGCGUGGCGAGGCCAAUACACGCGAGAUGAAGGUCGGGCGAUUUGUGAGUAUGAUGAGAAUGCAUCUUACGGGAAUACUGUCCCGGUAGAUCCGACGCAACAGGAUUUAAACUCGUUCGCGCUAACCAACGACUUCACGCAUGCAAACCUUCAACAGGAUUUGGUAGAACAUAUAUGGAACAGCGUAAACGUCGGGGACGGUGACGGAGACGAAGACGAGUAG